AGCCGUCAUGCCAUUUGAAAAGAUAUUCGUCGUAUGAUCCUUCCAUGUCUACUCACACAGUUGCUACUUUUGAACCCUUGGGAUUCGCUUGGUAUUGAGAAUGCGACUCAUGCCUCUUCUCUAGCAAGAUCUACAGCUGACAUCCACUAUUUUCUACUGGGCAUUGGAUCAACGAGAGAUUCAUCUGAGUGUAAGAUGUCGGAAACGAGGACUUCGGUCUCUCACUGCCUUGACUUCCUAUGGCAACUCAGAAGCCCUGAGCUAUCAACUACCUAAGGCAAUGACGAUAUACCGUUGUGAGGGUAAUGAUCACACAAAAGCCAGCACUAAUCGUGAAAGUCGGAGUUUGAGGCAACGCCAAAGGCCUUCAGGAGUGACGCUCAUGUUACUCAUUUACAUCGUGCGGAGCGGUCAGCCUCAGAACAUGGCGUUGACGUCGUUUCUGGAACAGUCUGUGAACGCAACCCUGAUGUUCUGAAACGCUUAGCAGAGCCUCAAGAAAGUGCAGUGUAAGUGUGUACAUACAUAGUAUAACCCUUCAAACGUUAGCGUAUGGAUCUAGAUUUCGAUGCUACAAUAUAGAGUAUCCCUACAAAAGAUAGGCCAAUAGUAUUAUAGAAAUAUACGGGUCUUCCUACUAAGGCUACACGCUUAAUGCUUAUCCUUAGACCCUUGUCC